GGAAACCCAUUUUGUGUGCAUUUGUUUGUGUUUUGCAUCUAAUCUAUGGUUUGUCUGCUAUUUAUAAACCAAAUCAGAGUUACGUUCGAAACGGCGUUCGAAUCGCGGAUCGCAUUCACCGCUCAUUCAUCACAAGUUGUGUUGCUUUUGGAUUGAAUUGUGUUUGCAUUAAACGAUUGCAUCCAAUGGUCGACACGUUAUGCCAUCAAAUACUAUACCAAUCAAUGAUAUUACCGAAAGCCGCGACCAAUGACUGAUUGGUCGAUGACAUGUGGGAUCCGUUUGAGUGACAAUCGUAUACUACAUUAGAAGACAACCAAAGAGUGAAAAUGGUGUCCGACUUCGACAUCAAGUCGUUUCUGUCGAACAUAAAGGCGACAAAACCUCCGUAUUUGUGUCCAUACGAGAAGUGCCACAAGAUUUACAAGACUUAUGUGGGAAUGAGAUUUCAUUUACAUAAUUACGAUCACAUCAAC